AACCACCGGAUGUGACGUUCAGGACAAAAACGUUCACUCGUUUGUUUCAGGUUGGCAUGGGUUUCAGGUGAUAAACAAAACAUCUGGGCUGGAUUUCACCUCAUUUGGUCUUUCUGUAAUGAAUUCGCAUUAGCUUUACUUUUUACUUUCUAAAAUGUAAUUUUAAGUCGUGAUGGCUGUGAAUGCCUGCGACACAGUGAAGCUAGCCAACGUUAGUUAGCACGGCUAACGGUGGAGCUAACGUUUCCUGCUGUUUUCUUUAGUUUUGGGGAAAUGUCCAAAAGCACAUUUGAAGAAAAUGAAGAGAAAAGUGGCCAGAUUAAGACUGAGCCCUAACGAAGAGGCUCGGAUAAUACGAGAGGAACAUGAGAGGAGGAGAAAACUGCGAAUACAGCAGGUGCGGGAGCAGCAGAGGUACAUCGCGCUGCAGAUCCGCCGAGAGGUUGAGCAUAGACGGCAGCGUGAGCUGGAGCAGCUGGAGGAACAGCUGAGGGAGGACUGGGAGCGACAGCAGAGGGAGAAACUCAACACACUGCAGAUGUUAUACCAGGAGAGCCUCCAGCUUCUCGGUCAGGGACACAGGAGUGCAAAAGAAAACGAACCCGACUUGGCAGCCAUAGCUCAGAGAGAGGGGGAAAAUCACACCAAAGCAGAGGAGCGUUAUCGAGAAGCCCUGAAGGAGCUCAAAUCACAGAAACUUAAAGACCAUGAGAGGCACAGCCGAUCCAUCAAUGCCAGGAAGAAGGCAUUACAGGUAGAAAAGGAAAGAUCAGCAAAAGUAGCCAGCCUCCCACCUCCUCCUCCAAACCCCAUUCAGAACAUCGAUUUCAAGAAGCCACAUGUGGUAAAGAAAUCUGAUGUGAGCGCUUUCGCUGCUACGCAUUACCACAUGCCUGAGAGCACAGUGGACCGAGAAGGAGACACAGAGCAGCCAAAUGCCCAUGAAGGAGCUGAGCUGGAGGCGAGGAGACUGCAGGACUUACAGAGGGAGGAAAAGAGGAGGCGAGAGGAGCAACUUGAGAAGGCUCGUCUCAGAGGGAAGCAGGCUCUGAGAAGGGAACAUCUUGUGCAGGACCGUGAGCGCUUGCUUGUUGAACUGGAGCACCUGCAGCAGACAGACCUGCUGAGGAGGAGACAGCAGGUGUCACAGAUGCCUGCUCAGAUCUUCCAGCCUCUCUAUAAGAGACAGGAGACGAGGGAGGACUUCCAGAGGGAGAUGGAGUUUGCCUUUGAGGACAUGUAUACUGGAGAGAGGAGGGUCAAAGGUGACCUGGUGGUCCAGCUCGUGCCUGAGCCUCUGCCAGCUCUGUCGACAAGCAGCCAGGACCAAGAGCUGGACGUCACACUGGAUGAAACUGCCACAUCGGGAACAGAAAACACACAACAUGACACUGAGCAGGAAACAUCUGCUCAAGUGGAGCCCUCCAAACCUGCUCCUAGACGAGCGUUAAAGAAACUCCUGGAUCGUAUCAGGAGCCAGAGGAACCAGUUGACUGACCACGGAAGUCAUGGGCCUGCAGCCGAUUCACCGACCGCCAUCACCGAUCAGGUCCCAGAGCGGGACACAACCAUCGACACAGGCUCUCUGACCAGCGAGGAGAAAGACAAAUCGUCUGUCCACUCACCACCAGCAUCGGAGGCAACAGAUCAGUCAACUGCAGCAGAUAUUCUACUUCCCGAUGCACUUGCCAGCAGAAGUCAUCAAUUUGAAGAAGAACGAAAGAAAAGGGAAGAGGAGCUUGAGAGGGAGAAGCAGCAGCAGGUGGUGUUGCUCCAGGAACUAGAAGAGCAGAAGGCCAAAUUAGAGCAGAUGCUGAUUGAGGCCCAGCAGGAGAGAGAACAUCUGAAGGCUGCAGUGACCCAGGAAGUACCUAUUAACCAAACGGAGGUAACUGUCCAUGACCGGGAAGUCACCGCUGUUCCCCCUGGUCUAGCCACUGAGCUGUUGCCUCCUGCAGGUAAAGAUGAACAUACCAGAAGGAUUAAAGAAUACCAACAGCGGCUGCUGGAACAAAACAGAAUUCACCAGAGGUCAGUAGAAGUUGCUCGCCAACGCCUGGAAGAAUACCAGCGAGCUCUACAAAUUCGUUACAACAUCACCGCCACAUCGUUACUGCCCACUGUCGUGCCUCCAGGCCUCAUUCACCCGUCUCUGCAAAGUGCUCAGUCUGCGCAUCUUCCAACUCCUCUGCAACUCCAUACAAGUCGUGCAGUGCCGGCAUUCACCCAUGCCAAACCAAAAACCUCUGUGGAAGUUCCCACAAGAGAGUCUGACAUGUUGUCCUCACUUCCCAGUCUUGCUGGCUCCAGUUUGAUUGUUGGCUUCAAUUUGCCGCCGGAUGAAGUACAAUCUAUUUCGAACAGUUCCAGGGAGCAGAGACCAGCUGCCACCACCUGGUUGACUGACAAAAUAAUGGAGAGAGUAACAGAGCACCUUCCAGAGAGAGCGAGACUCACUUCGGUCAAUACACAGCGACUGCCUUACAAACACUUUACAACACAUCACUCAACCAGCAUCCCUCUCCAGCCAACCUCCAAUUCUAUCCAAGCCGUUAGCCCGAGCAUCAAACAUGAUGCACCUCUGGUUCCACAACAUGCACCUGUUAAGCCUGGGACCUUGCUGCACGGCUCCCUGCAAACUGGAUCCUUAAGCUCCAGAGAGGACGACAUGGAAGUCCAGAGACGAGAGCUGCAGGAAGUCCAGAGACGAGUGCAGGAACAGAGGGAGGCACUGCACUUGAGGCAGCAGGCAGAGGAGAGGCAGAGACGAGAGCUGCAGGAAGUCCAGAGACGAGAGCUGCAGGAAGUCCAGAGACGAGAGCUGCAGGAAGUCCAGAGACGAGAGCUGCAGGAAGUCCAGAGACGAGAGCUGCAGGAAGUCCAGAGACGAGAGCUGCAGGAAGUCCAGAGACGAGUGCAGGAGCAGAGGGAGGCACUGCACUUGAGGCAGCAGGCAGAGGAGAGGCAGAGACGAGAGCUGCAGGAGCAGAGGGAGGCGCUGAGGCAGCAGGCAGAGGAGAGGCAAAGACAGGAGGUGGAGAUGGAGCAGAUGAGACAGCAAAAAGAGACGCUGCAGGCUCUGAUUCAUACUGAUGCGCAACCAGUUACAGAGGCUGCCAGUGAAGUGUUGGUUUCAGAGAACAUCGGUCAGAUCCGCCUCAAAUUACUUGCGUCUCUGCUGAGGGCAAUAGAGGAGACUAAUGGAGGAACUUUAUCGCACCUAGAAGACCCCCAGGAGAAAGAUGGCUCCCCUCAACAGCCGCCAUCUAACAGUGGUGACAUGGAUCCCAUUUCUCAGAGCAACGUUCCUGCUCGACCUGCCCCAGAGUCGGUCCCUCCUUCAGGACACCACCUCCAUCCUCGAGCAGCAAAGCCCCCGGUGACUCGCGUCAGGCUCGGCAUCCCGGAGAUGAUGACUGAACAACAUGAGCUCAGUGCUAUUCAAGAAGUGGAGACGCCGGUCAACACCAGCCAAGUUGCAGGCCCAGAGGAGAGUGUGAUGGUUCCUUCACACAGUGUUGCAUGGGAUCUGCAGGAGGAAUCGGAAUCAUCUGUGUCCUCUGACAGGACUCUGCAGACACCCUCUUGGUCCAGCAGUGGGCAGCAGACUGCUGAAAGGACAACCAGCUCUGGGGCGAGCUCAACGAGAUCCAACCAUCUCAUCUGGAGAGAGAGGCUGUUGAUGGGGGCAGGAACCUCUCCAGAAUCCUCAGAGUCUGAUUCAGUCCUGAGAAUAUUCUCACCGCUUUCCUCCGACUCUGGGAGAGGAGCAGAUUACUCCGGUCCUGGAAUCACAAGCUACAGAUCCCCCACAGAGUCUGUACAUAGGCCUCCUGAUUCUGACUGCCUCUCCUCCACCACCAUCUCCACCGGCAGCUACAUCACCACCGAUCCGGAGCAAAACUUAAACACUGAUAAAUCCCCGCCCCUCAGACGUGCAGAACAAGGACGAGGAGCAGGUUUACUCAACGACUCCUCUCCAUCUGGUCAAAGCGUCUGUAUUAAUGAUGGUUCGGCUGUAGACUCUGUAUUUAAUGACAGCAGCAUCCAGCGCAUUAUAGACCGAUACACAAGGGAGCUUAACAUCUCCCUCAGCACCACUGGGAAAACCACAGACACUGAAGGCUCAUAUGUGGAGGAACAUGACUCUUUAGUUUCUCAGCAGUCUUUGGUUCGAGUUGCAGAGGAGGGAGAGGAGGAUGAAGGCUCUACUGAUCGUCAUUCUCUUCCCUCAGACGCAGCAGGAGCACAGAGGAGGAGCCUGGAAUGGGACAGUACAGUGAAUACAAAUUUGGAGCGCAUCCCAUGCGAGGACCCUUCACUGGCUGAGGACCAAGAGCAGGACUCUUUCAGACCUCUGAUUGGUCAGCUGAUGGAUCAGUCAUCCUGUCUCGCUGCCGAUCACAGGGACUCGGCCAUGGAACAACUGGUCGGUCAUCCAUCAGCUCAGUCGUCCAUGAUUGGUCAGCAACCAGGUCCGCCGGUUUCGGUGAGCUUGGAUCAAGCUGGAUGGGACUCCACUCUGAGUCGGAUGAUUGGUCGACUCUCCCAUCAGUCCAGCUCUCAUUGGCUGAGUGGUGGGCAGGACUUUUAUGCAGGCCAGCUGAUGGGUCAGAUGGCGUCAGAGCAGUCGACCACAUGGCUGGAUGGAAGUCGGGAGGAGAGCCGGAUGAGACCACUGGUUGGGGAGCUGGACGAGUCUGCUGGCCAGCACAGUGGAAGCUCAGAUGAAAGGACCCAUGUGGAUCUUGGUGUCUCAACUGAGGCCAGUGUGCCGUCAUACCCAGUGUUGCCUCCUGAAGCCUCGUCGCACAGUGCCUCGGGUGUGAAUCCACAUCCACAGGACCAGACACUGCAGAACCAAACCAGUCCAAUGGACCUGGACCCGGAGAGGACUGAAGUGUUUCCAGGUUCAGACUCAUUCCACCCACUACUGGCUGAGGUCACUCAUAAUGAAACAGCAGAACCCUCCAUGAUAUUUCACCUGCCAGAUCACGACGUGCCUCCGUCUCCUGAAGGACAGCCAGCCAACGGGGAACGCAGUGUUUCCACACCUUCUGAAGAGUUUGAGACCCACGAUGAUUCUUCUGUUGAGUCUGAACAGUCUCCUGAGCGCCUUAGAACAGAGCAUCCUUCCAGCUGCUUGAACGCUUCCCCUGCCUUACAUGAAUCUUUCUCCCAGCUCAUCACCUCCCAGCACAAUAUCCAUGAAUCUGUUGUGGAGCUAACAGCUCUGAGUCUGUCAGCUUUAACCUUGUGUGAUGCACCUACUAUGAGCGUGCCGCAGCCAGAUGGAGUGGGUGCAGAUAGAAGCUGCAUUUCUAGAAGACAAGGAGAUGCAGUCCCAUCCAGCGGUCUCUGUGAUAGAGAACUGAAGUCUGGGCAGGGUUCAAACCUGACAAAUGCAAUUCCUGUCUCAGAGAAGAUAUUGGAAGCUGCCAGUGAGAAGGGAAUCCUGGAGCAGUCAGAGAUAACACUGGUGAGUCUGACCGAUACCACAUUGCAGGACCAAGAGACCAUCACUGAUGAGGAAGGACAGAAAGGCCAAGAGACAGAGGGGUCAGAAUCCACGUUACCUGAUGAGACUCCGGAGGACAAGAACCAAACGCAACCAGUGACACUCCUGGAGUUUCAGUGGGGUCCCAGCGGAGGCCUGGAGGAGGUCUGCCAGCAGAAGCGCAGAGCUUUGCUCCAGAGAUCAUCCCAAAGGGUGGAGGAAAUCAAGGCCAAACGGGGUCUUGCCAAGACUCAACCUGAGAUCCAAGCCCCAUCUAAAGCCAGAGAGCAGUCUAAAACUAAGGACUCCAAAUCAGUUACCUGUAAGUCAAAGACUAAGUCGGACCACCAACACAAAACUAAUACCAAGUCAAAGGGAGAACAGGCUGAGCAGCAUCAAACGGAGAAAUCUGGCUUCAUCAAGCAGAAGAGGCCCCAGCUUCCUCCUCCAGUGAGUGAUUCCAGGCUGACAAAAGUGGAUGAGGUGAAGAUCUGCACAACUGAGCAAAGGAAACAAGAUGUUUCCAAGAUGCACCAGAGAACUCAGAGACUGUAUGAGCAGCUGGAGGAGGUGACGCAUCAGAAAGCAAUCAGGAGUAGACAGGAAGUUUAUGCAAAAAACCGACUGAAGGCCAAGGAGUUCCACCAGAAAACCUUACAGAAGCUUCGUGCCAAGCAGAAUCAAUAGUGAUUAACAUUGAAUGUUACUUUUAUAUAUUUAAUUUAUUUUGUAAAGUUUUUACCAAUAAAGCAUUUUAUAAUCUA